UUUCAUAUCAAUAGACUCCCAAAAAGCAAAAAACCCCAAAUUCCCAAAUCCAUUUUCAAGCUUCAACAACACAGCAAUGCCUUUCUUUUUUAAGCAUUUCAUUCCCUAUUUUUCCCAUAUCAAUUUCUCCUCUUGACUCUCUCUCUCUCUCUCUCUCUCUCUCUCUCUCUCUCUCUCUCUCUCUCUUUAUUUUUUGUUUUCAAAUAUUUUUCAUUCAUUCAUGUUUGGCCCCAAACAACAAAACCCUCUUCCCCCAACUCCAAAAUCCUCCAUGGGUAGAGGCAGAGUUGAGAUCAAGAAGAUUGAGAAUAUCAAUAGCAGACAAGUUACUUUCUCUAAACGCCGUAAUGGGUUGAUGAAAAAGGCCAAAGAAUUGUCUGUUCUUUGUGAUGCUGAGGUCGCCAUUGUUGUCUUCUCCAGUACUGGAAGGCUUUAUGAAUUCUCCAGCACUAGCAUGGAACAUACACUUUCAAGGUAUAGAGGACAGGGCAUGGAAUUGGAUUUUCCUAAAGAGACUUUGGACCACCCAGCACAACUGCCACCAUCUGAUUCUGAUGCAAAGUCGUCCGAGGAGGAGAUUGAAAAGCUAAAGUUAGCAUAUACGCAGAUGAGAGGCCAGGAACUGGAUAGUUUGAGCUUUAUAGACCUACAGAACUUAGAAAACCAGUUGCGGGAAGGGAUCAUAUCUAUCAAAGACAAGAAGGAGACAUUACUUUUGGAGCAGCUCCAAAGGUGUAGGUCACAGGGGGAAGUAGUCAUUUCAGAGAACGAGACUCUGCGAAAACAGCUCGAGGAGUUUCAGCAGAGAAAUAAUAUACCACGUCAGGAGUCCAGUCCCCUUCAGAGAUCCUACUUCUCCGAUUCGAAAACUGCUUCUACCAAUGAGACUGAGGUCAAGACGGAGGCAGAGGAAAAUGACCGCUCAGAAAUUUCCUUGCAUCUGGGAUUGUCGUUGGAUGGUCAACGAAAAAGGAAACGAUCGGUUGAAGGUGCCAGCACCGACACAACCUGUAGUGAAGUAGAGUUGGAAGGGGAUGCACUUUUAGCAAAUGACGAACUCUCUCGUCAUUUUGGUAUGUAACAGACUUGGGUUUGUGUUUGUGUUCGGGUUUUGCUUUUGGUGUUCUUCUUCAACCGGGAUCAGAGGAUCAUAGAGGUAGAGCCUUGCUACAAUGAAUUGUCCACAGUCACCACAGUUUAUAUUGAUAUAAUAGACUGUUGUUAUUUUGCAUGUAAUUUGAUACAGCUAUUGUAUUCAAUUUGAGCAGUGAUUUUAUUGCCUUUUCCUUUUAGUUCUUUUGGCCUGUAAAUGAAGAAUUUUUGGUAUAUGAAAGAUGAGAAAUGAAGUGUAGUGACCUGAUUUUCUAUGAAUAACAACUAUAGUAAGAAAAACAUACCUGGAAA